CCGCCCCGAGCUGCCCGGUCCGGGCGGGGCCAGGGCGGCGGCGGCGGCGGCGGAGGGGACCGGGAGCCGGGAGCGGGAGCCGGGAGCGGGAGCCGGGAGCGGAGCCGGGAGCGGCGGCAGCACGAUGGGGGCCUGUCUCGGGGUGUGCUCCCUGCUCAGCUGCGUGUCGUGUCUCUGUGGCUCUGCACCAUGCCUGCUCUGCGGCUGCUGCCCCUCGGCCAAGAACUCCACCAUCUCGCGCCUCCUCUUCACCUUCUUCCUCUUCCUUGGCACCCUUGUGUCCAUCAUCAUGAUAAUCCCGGGCGUGGAGAAGGAGUUGCACAAGCUCCCAGGUUUCUGUGAAGGCAGCGGGGCGGUGCUGGGGGUCCAGACCAACGUGAACUGCGGCAGCUUCCUGGGCCACAAGGCCGUGUACCGCAUGGGCUUCGCCAUGGCCGCCUUCUUCUGCCUCUUCGCCGUGCUCAUGGUGUGCGUGCGCAGCAGCAGGGACCCGCGGGCUGCCCUGCAGAACGGCUUCUGGUUCUUCAAGUUCCUGGUGCUGGUGGGGAUCACGGUGGGGGCCUUCUACAUCCCCGACGGUGCCUUCACCUCAGUCUGGUUUUACUUCGGCGUGGUCGGCUCCUUCCUCUUCAUCCUCAUCCAGCUCGUGCUCCUCAUCGACCUGGCGCACUCCUGGAGCCAGCGGUGGCUGCGCAACGCCGACGAGGGCAGCGCCAAGGGCUGGUAUGCAGCCCUUUGCAUCAUCACCUUCAUCUUCUACGCUGCCUCCAUCGCGGCCAUUGUGCUGCUCUACGUCUACUACACCAAGCCCGAGGGCUGCACAGAGGGCAAGGCCUUCAUCAGCAUCAACCUCAUCCUCUGCCUCAUUGUCUCCGUUGUGUCCAUCCUGCCCAAGAUCCAGGAGGCUCAGCCGCACUCGGGGCUGCUGCAGGCGUCCCUCAUCACCCUCUACACCAUCUACGUCACCUGGUCCGCCCUGGCCAACGUGCCAGCCCAGCGCUGUAACCCCACACUGCUGCUGAGGAACAGCACUGGCACCGCCACCGAGGCGCCGACAACCUGGUGGGAUGCACCCAGCAUUGUGGGGCUGGUGAUCUUCAUCCUCUGCACCCUCUUCAUCAGCCUCCGCUGCUCGGACCACCCGCAGGUGAACAAGCUGAUGCUGACGGAGGAGAGCGGGGCCGGGGCCGGGGCCGGGCCGGGCGGGGCGGAGGAGGGCGGCGUGCGCCGCGCCUACGACAACGAGCAGGACGGCGUCUCCUACAACUACACCUUCUUCCACCUGUGCCUCCUCCUCGCCGCCCUCUACAUCAUGAUGACCCUCACCAACUGGUACAGCCCGGAUGAGAGCCUGCAGGUGCUGAGGAGCCCCUGGACGGCCGUGUGGGUGAAGAUCUGCUCCAGUUGGGCCGGGCUCCUGCUCUACCUGUGGACCUUGGUGGCUCCGCUGGUGCUGCCGGACCGGGACUUCAGCUAAGGUGGCCCUGGACGCGCUGCUGCCAUCGUGGCUUUGUCCCUCGAGGCUGGGGACAGCCCCGGCUCUGCCUCAGCCUCAGUUCUGCAUGCAGGAGCCGCUGCGCUGGGUUGUGCCUUCUCGCAGCUCUUUUGUUUUAAUUUGAAAGGGAUGAAGUGCCAAGCAGAGAAAAUUAAGGGCUGAGAGAGACCUGAGGGUGUUUUCAGACCUCUCAUCAUCUCCGUGUUUGUGUAGUGCCUUUGGCAGUGCCUCCAGACCCUUUCCACCCAGCAGACACCACUGCCUUGCCUUGGGAGGGUUUGGUUCUCACCAGCUGUUGGUGCCCCGGGACCGUGGUGCCUUUUGGGGUCUCUAGGGUCUGGCUGGGUACCAGGACCCAGGACACGGCCGGUGUUGUGUCCCCAGGCAGCCUGGAGGAAAACAAAUCCCAGGGACUUGUGUCUGGUGCAGAGGUCCUGCUGGUCCCUGGUGGUGCCCCAGCUCCUCGGGGCUGUCCCAGCAGGGGCACAGGUCCCUGUCCUCUCCGGAGCACAGGUCCAGUUUCCCACAGGCUGCGCUGGCCUGGCCCUAGCUCCUUGCCUUGUUAAUAAAGUCUCGUUUGGAAUAAA